GCAGCGCACGACAUGGCUGGAGGCCGGGACCGCAGGGACUUGGCUGCCAGGCAGCUAGUGUUCCUACUUCCAGAAUAUUUGAAAGAUGCCUCGAAGAAGAAGAAGAGCGGCCUCCUGUUUGUAAAGCUGGCCAACCCGCACUCAGAGGAAGGAGCCAUUUACUUAAUUGAUACCUGUCUACAGCAGCUGUUUGAAAUAAAAGUUUUCAAGGAAAAACACCAUUCUUGGUUUAUAAAUCAAUCGGUUCAAUCAGGGGGCCUUCUCCACUUUGCCACACCCAUGGAUCCUUUAUUUCUGCUCCUUCACUAUCUCAUAAAGGCUGGCAAAGAGGGGAAGUAUCAGCCCUUGGAUCAGGUUGUAGUGGAUGACACAUUUCCAGAUUGCAUCUUGCUGCUGAAAUUUCCUGAGCUUGAGAAGUCACUUCGGCAUGUGACAGAGGAAAAAGAAGUGAACAGCAAGAAGUACUAUAAGUACAGCUCAGAGAAGACACUGAAGUGGCUGGAGAAGAAGGUCAACCAAACUGUGGCGGCAUUGAAAGCCAAUAAUGUCAAUGUUGGAGCGCGGGUACAGUCGUCUGCAUAUUUCUCUGGUGUUCAGGUUUCCAGGGACAAGGAAGAAGAUUAUGUUCGAUAUGCCCAUGGUCUGAUCUCUGAAUACAUCCCUAAAGAAUUAAGUGAUGAUUUAUCCAAGUUCUUGAAGCUUCCAGAACCUCCAGCUUCAUUGCCAAACCCUCCAUCAAAGAAACUAAAGUUAUCAGAUGAACCUGUAGAAGCAAAAGAAGAUUACACUAAGUUUAACACUAAAGACUUGAAGACCGGCAAGAUGGCAACACAAAGACGAAAAAGAGGCAAGUGACAAGUGCUGCCCCUCCCCAACUCACCCCCUGCAAGACCUGGCUGCUUCCUGUGCAACUUCAGAUGCCUGCUGUAAAGUCUUCUGAACUUCCAAGAGUGCUCUGCAACUUCAGGAAACCACCGUCUGCCAGAGGCGGCAGUUAAAAAACCAGUGAUGAGCGUGUUGUUUCUUAGAUCAACCAUGGUCAUCUCUCCUGGAAGCUCUCAGCAGAGUGUUCCGUGCUGGAGUUCAGGCUACCCCAGAGUGUGGAUCUGAGGAGUGUGGCUGCCCCCUUGCCCUCUGCCCCAGCCCAGUUGGCAGAAGCAUGCCUAUCUUUCCAGUAUAGCACCUUAGAUUGAAAAAUGUCCAGAUGAGAAGGCUUCUUGUGAAACCAAGGUCGUUCUUCCAGCCUGACUUGGUUUGCUUCCCAUGUGUUGGGGUAUCUUCAUGGUUGACGUAAGCACAAGCAUCCACGCCACAGGCUCAGGCAAACCAAGUUUCAGCCUUUUAAAAUACUUACCCCAAACCUGACCCUUCUUUCCUUCUUACCAACUUGGCAGCUUCUAAUGCAAUAACGGUGCCCAAGUAUGUACAUUUUAUAGCUUCAUGGAGUUAUAAACAUAGCUUCAUUUUUAAAA